AUGAUCCGUUUGGUUGUCAUAAAUGAUACAGUGACGGGAGUGAAUCUAUUCGACAAAGAAAAUAUGACACAAACUAAACAAUCAAAAGAAGAAGGAAGACAUAAAAGAUCAUCGUUAUCACCUGUUGAAAGACAAACAGAAGCAGCACAUAAAGGUGGAACAAUUUGGGAAGCUGUGCGCAAAGCAGAUCAAAUAGGACUCGAACGUCUUCUCAAUGCUGAUCCGAAUAGUGUUAAUGAAAGAGGUCCUGUUGGUGACUGUCCUAUCCAUAUGCUAUUUUUAUAUGGAACUGAAAAUCAUAUCAAUAUGGCUCAAUAUCUCGUGAGACGUUGUCCAGAAACUGUCAUACAAGCUUACGAUCAGUCCGAAUAUCGCGGCGAAGUUGUCCUUCAUAUUGCUAUUAUCAAACGUAAUGCAGCCAUGGUUGAAUGGCUUCUCAGUAAUGAACAUAGUAAAUUUUAUCGAGAACAACAGUUGGCAGCCACUGCUAAUGGAAGUUUUUUUCAAUUUGGUCGUCCAUGUUACUACGGUGAAACUCCUUUAGCGUUUGCUUGCUGUACUAAUCAAUGGGAUAUUGCUGAAAUUUUACUCAGACAUGGUGCUUCAAUGGAUACAGUUGAUAGUAAUGGGAAUACAAUAUUUCAUUUAGUUGUUAUUCAUAACAAACCGAAAAUAUACUCUAAAUUUAAAGAAUGCUGGUUAAAAGCUGAAACAAUGAACGGUGAACAAAAGAAUAAAACAGUUCCGCUAUGGAAACGACUAAAUAACGACGGUUAUACUCCAUUUACGCUAUCAGCUAAGUUAGGUGUAACUGAAAUGUUUUCUUUUUUAUUUGAUGAACUUAAAAUUGUUCAAUGGAGCUACGGACCUGUUUCAUGUGUACUUUAUCCACUUGAUGAACUUGAAACUGAACGAAAAGGCGAACGUAUGGCACCUGGUGCUCUUGAAGUGAUUGUUCAAAAUGCUCAAUCGGAGCUUAUUAUUCAUCCACGUAUUAUUGAUUUAGUUGAUAAAAAAUGGGAAUGCUUUGCUCGGCAAAGCUUUUUUCGUCGCUUCCUCGUUACUCUUGUUUAUCUACUCUCUUUUCUUCUCACAACAAUUCUUGAUCAGACAAGAACAGAUAUAGUCGAAGAUCAAGAUGGUCAUAUGAAAAUAAUUGGUGCCGAACAUCCAGGUGUUAUUCAUCGGACAUUAUGUACAACAGGACGUUUAAUUGUAUUAACUGGAGCUAUAUCAAAAAGUGAAUCAGAAUUAAAAGAAAUGGCAAACUUUUUAUCAAUUCUACAUGAUGAUUAG